UUUUGAAAUAUUUUGAUGAUCAAAAACUUACUUUACUCUUUAUAAAAUUUAAUAAAAUUUUCGUGUAUCACAUGGGUUAGUGGGUUACCAAAGUUGUUAUUAUACUGCUACAAUACUAACACUCCAACAAAGGUCAUUUCUUCAAUGCUAACUACAUUCAAGUCUGUUUUGUUGACAUCUUAUAUACUGCUACUGAUGCUCAAUUUCUAUUGAAAUAUUUAAUUUCAAAUGGGCAAAUAAUGUUAUUGUGUGGUCACCAAUUUAGUUAAUCUGUAAGUCUCGGUGCAAGAAGUUAACUAAUUGUCAGAUCUCUUCAAAGCGUAGUAAAUUGUAGUCCAUUGAAAUUCAAUAAUACUACAGGUUGAUCCAAUAUUUGCAUGUUUAUUUAACAGUGUGUAUUUGCCAUCAAGCUUGUGCUCAACCUGUUAAGGAAAACAUGUCAAAUAGAUGUACUAAGAGCUAUUUGCCUUCCUCUUUUUAUGUUUCUUCCAGUAUAUUUUGUGAAUAUAAUACAUUUGACUUCCUUAAAAUGUAUUUAUGCUAGUUUCAAUAACAUGUGUGGAAAAUUUGGAAUAGUAGCUUUAUUAGUUAAUAUUUAUUGUACAUACAACAUACUGUAUCCUUGUUCUAUGCACUUGAUAUGUUUAGGGCCCUAAGAUUAAGGUGUAUUGUGGGGAGAAACAUGGGAAGGUAGCUGAGGAUUUGAUUCCCUAGAGUGAAAAGUGUAACCUUAUGUAUUAUUCAGUGCACACAUGACAUCAAGGAGCGUAAAAUUCUAGGGAGAGAUUCAACUAUGGGAGAGGAGGGACGAAAAUAGAAAGGUUGAGAAAUGAGUGAGUGGGGAAAUGAUUGGAGUCACCAAGCCUCUCUUUAUUGCCUUGGCCAGCAGUGUUUCCUUUUUUCCUUUUUCAGAGAUUUCAUGCCUGUCUCAAUUAUAAAACACUACUACAAUCACUAAUGGCCUUCUCCCCUGACAAUGAUGAAAACUUUAAAUUUCAAUGUCAUAUGAAUUUGACAAUAUUGAUAAAAACCUUGGGAGAAUCAUAUCACAAAAGCUAGUCAUUGCAGUUAGAGAAUCCAAGACAUUAUUAUCCCAUAGUGGAAUUUCAUAUUUCAUACUUCCAAUAUAGGACUCAAGUCUCAUACCUUGCAAUUGGAUCCCAACAUACAACUAUUUGGGUUAAUAUAACUUCAAGACUUCCCUUUGAGGGCUACCAUACUUUCUGUUAAAUAAAUACCUAAUUAUAAACGCAGAAUUCAUCAUAGGAGAUCUGCAUUCCAAAACAUGACAAAAGUAAUGAUAUUUAGAUCCUUUGUUAGCUUAAAGAUCUUUAAUAUCUUAAAUUAUUUAGAGUCUACAGCUCUAUGUCUCUUGGAUUGUUUGGUUAAGCUGUGAGAUAUGAUAAGAUUUAUGGAUGGCUUUAGUGAUAAUGUCUACUCAUUUUUGCUGAACUUUUGUGUUUAGAUUGAUACAUUUAUAAUAAAUUAUGAAAUAGAAACUCUUUUUUAUAUGUAACAAUUCUUUCUCAUUGUUUUACAAUCAUGUUUCGUGUAAGCUGCUUUGCAACAAGAAGUAUGUAGAAGAAAUGUUAUCCCAAACUCCUCUUAGGCACAUCGCAGAACCUGAAGAAGUUUCUUCCUUGGUGGCUUACCUUUGUCUGCUUGCUGCCUCUUACAUCACAUGACAAGUUGCUCUUGUUCAUGGAGGAUUAUCAGUGAAUGGAUUUCAACCCAGCAUGAGAAUAACAUGACUUUCACAUACUACUUCUCACUUUAUUGUCUAUAUGUCUAUCAGCAUGAGAAUAACAUAACAACAAUACCCUUUGUUCUUUGAUUUCUUUCAGCUCCUACCUCAUCUUAUUUAAUUUAAACAAAUGAACUAGGAAGUUUGGUUACGAUAUAUGUUUCAUUCAUCCUUAUUAUGAGUUGUUCUACAUGUAGCAAAUGAUUGAUUAUUGCAUGACCCUAUUAUUGUCUGCUAGUAAGUUGUAACUUCCCUUUUUCUACAUUAAACUCUUCUUUGGGAAAUUCCAAAGGUAUAAUGUUUGCUAUUUCAUUUGGUUGUGAAUAAAUUGUCCUUUCUAUUGUUUAUAUAAAGUAUAUGGUAUGAAUUUUCAAAACUCUCCUAACUUAUACAUCAUAAUAUUUCCUUGUCUAAAACCUAUAACCUAUCUUGAUUUUUCAUUUUCUCAAUGCUAGAAGAUCAUAUAAGCAUUAUCAGUAGUCAUUUGAUUGCUACUUCAAAGAGUUCAACAGGCAAAUCAAUUCAGCAUCCUACCAAAGACGAGAAUAGAGCCUGAACAUACUGGAAAUUGACUAGUACAGAUCUACAUAGCAUUUUGCGAUGGUGAGCAGUGCUACAAACCGUUGAAGGAAAGUUCAACACACUUGGAAUUUAACCAUUCACUCCUUCUUCGCUGCUGCUUCUUUUCUUCUCCGCGAGCCCGACUGCUUGUUUUCAUUGGAUCAGACACGCCAUUUGCCUUCAAGAUCAUGGCUAGAACACGAGGUUUAGGUCGUGCUAUAGAUAGACUUAUAGGCAGAGAUAGACAGGAUGACCAUGAUGCAGUUGAUGUUCCCGAGAGGCGUAGGCUUACUGCAUCAGCCCAUAGGCAACGUGUUCAUCAGAUGACUGUGGAUGCACCUGAUAUGGCUGAGGAUGUUCCUGACAUGAUUGAGGAUGUCCCUGAUAUGGCUGAGGAUGCACCUGAGAUGACUGUGGACAUACAGGGUGAUGAUGGUGCUGAGGGGUCACAUGCUGAUGAUGCUGAGGGAUUCCUAGGUGGGCCACGUGACCCAUCAGUGCUGACAUCAUUUGCAGACCAUGUUGCACACGCCGUUUGGAGUGGACAGAUGGAAAGCCAACACCAGAUGAAGAAGAGCUCAGACUAGAAGCUCGAAGUCUUGUGUUCCUGAAUGUAUUAGAAGGAACAGCUCCUAAUCCCAUGCAUCACACUCUCCCAGAGUGCUCUAACCCUAACACUCUACCAACAACAUCAAGAGGAGAAACUUCAGAUUCAUCAACUAUGCUUUGAGUCAAUCCUACUUCAAUUUGUUCCUGCAAACAUGUAAUAAAAGGAAUUACAAAAGUUUUAAGAUUAAGCACAAUCCUUGAAAACAAUGUUACUAAAGAAAAACAUACCGCUAUAGUCUUUGCUGCUUCA